UUAAAUAGAAAGGGGUUUUUUAAUGUUAAUUUUAUUUAUUAAAUUUGUUUGCUGCCCAUCUCUCUCUACAAGAUUUUUAUUUAUUCAGUCAAUCAAUUUAUAUAGAUUAAGAAGUACUUAUAUUAGCUAGUAAUUUAUUUUUCAUUCAUUCAUCUCUGAAUAGAGUGAAUAGUUUUACCUGAUUUUUUUUUCAUUUUUCUCUACAGUGGAUAUGGCAUGAUAACAUGCAGUUCCUUCAGGAUAAGAAUAUUUUUGAGCAUACAUAUUUUGGAUUUAUGUGGCAGUUGUGUAGCAGCAUCCCCAGCACAUUACCAGAUCCAAAAGCAGUUUCUCUGAUGACAGCCAAGUUGAGCACUUCUUUUGUCCUUGAAACAUUUAUCCAUUCAAAAGAAAAGCCCACGAUGCUUCAGUGGAUUGAACUGUUAACUAAGCAAUUUAACAACAGCCAAGCUGCUUGUGAGGAAACACACUUUGAUCUGAGGAUGGAUCGUUCCUUUUCUUUGGCUGAAGUCCCAGCAGAGGCAUUGUCCAGCUUCCGGAGAAGGUCUAGGAGUGUUUUUGAAGGAGGUCAUCCCCAAAAAGUUGAUUCUGCUCUCCCUUCAUCUAUUUCCGGUCAGGAUUUGAGAGUGUUCCCAUGGAUUCCUGGAUACCAGCGGUCAGGCCCUAUAGAAUGGGAUGAAAUCAAGGAACAAGAAUUGUAG